CCCGUCCCCCACUUUCCCGGGAGCCGGACGAACACACCUCCAUUGAUGGUGUAGCGCAUCCGGGGAAGGAUUUUGUUUGGCAUCUUACCCCAAGCCUGACUUUUCUGGACUGUGGUGAUUGACAUAAAUGAUUCGUUUUUGAAACGUUGGGGUAGUUGGAGUGGUUGGAUUUUCCCUGGAAUUGAGUGAGAAAUUCAGAAGACUGAAGCCCAGGCUUACUGUCUACCUUUCACGGAGGCCUAGCCGUGAGAGGACAGAAGAAGGCACGUGGCGAAUCAUGACAGCUGACAAAGACAAAGACAAAGACAAAGAGAAGGACCGGGACCGAGAUCGGGACCGAGAGAGAGAUAAACGAGAUAAAGCAAGAGAGGGUGAGAAUUCAAGACCACGCAGGAGCUGCACCUUGGAAGGAGGAGCCAAAAAUUAUGCUGAGAGUGACCACAGUGAAGAUGAGGAUAAUGACAACAAUAGUGCCACCACAGAGGAGUCCACGAAGAAGAACAAAAAGAAGCCACCGAAAAAAAAAUCUCGUUAUGAAAGGACAGACACUGGGGAGAUAACCUCUUACAUAACUGAGGAUGAUGUUGUCUACAGACCAGGAGACUGUGUGUAUAUCGAGAGUCGGAGGCCAAACACGCCGUAUUUCAUCUGUAGCAUUCAAGACUUCAAACUGGUCCACAACUCCCAGGCCUGCUGCAGAUCUCCAACUCCUGCUUUGUGUGACCCCCCAGCAUGCUCUCUGCCGGUGGCAUCACAGCCACCACAACAUCUUUCUGAAGCCGGGAGAGGGCCUGUAGGGAGUAAGAGGGACCAUCUACUCAUGAACGUGAAAUGGUACUACCGUCAGUCUGAAGUUCCAGAUUCUGUGUACCAGCAUUUGGUUCAGGAUCGGCAUAAUGAAAAUGACUCUGGAAGAGAACUUGUCAUUACAGACCCAGUUAUCAAGAACCGAGAGCUCUUCAUUUCUGAUUACGUUGACACAUACCAUGCUGCUGCCCUUAGAGGGAAGUGUAACAUCUCCCAUUUUUCUGACAUAUUUGCUGCUAGAGAGUUUAAAGCUCGGGUGGAUUCAUUUUUCUACAUAUUAGGCUACAACCCUGAGACAAGGAGGCUGAACAGCACCCAGGGGGAAAUUCGUGUUGGUCCUAGCCAUCAGGCCAAACUUCCUGAAUUGCAACCGUUCCCUUCUCCAGAUGGUGACACUGUGACCCAACAUGAGGAACUGGUCUGGAUGCCUGGAGUUAAUGACUGUGACCUCCUUAUGUACUUAAGAGCAGCAAGGAGCAUGGCAGCAUUCGCAGGGAUGUGUGAUGGAGGUUCCACAGAAGAUGGCUGUGUUGCAGCAUCUCGGGAUGACACUACCCUCAAUGCACUGAAUACACUACAUGAAAGUGGCUAUGAUGCUGGCAAAGCCCUGCAGCGCCUGGUAAAGAAGCCUGUGCCCAAACUGAUUGAAAAGUGCUGGACGGAGGAUGAAGUGAAACGCUUCGUUAAGGGGCUCAGGCAGUACGGCAAGAACUUCUUCAGAAUUAGAAAGGAACUGCUUCCCAAUAAGGAAACCGGGGAGCUGAUCACCUUCUAUUACUACUGGAAGAAAACCCCCGAAGCAGCCAGCUCCAGGGCCCAUCGUAGGCACCGCAGGCAGGCCGUGUUCAGGAGGAUCAAGACUCGCACUGCAUCCACACCCGUCAGCACGCCCUCCAGACCCCCCUCCAGUGAAUUCCUGGACCUGAGUUCAGCCAGCGAGGAUGACUUUGACAGUGAGGACAGCGAGCAGGAACUGAAGGGGUACGCCUGCCGCCACUGCUUUACCACCACCUCCAAAGACUGGCACCACGGGGGCCGGGAGAACAUCCUACUCUGCACAGACUGCCGCAUCCACUUCAAGAAAUACGGCGAGCUCCCCCCCAUUGAGAAGCCUGUGGACCCUCCCCCAUUCAUGUUCAAACCUGUCAAAGAGGAAGACGAUGGGCUCAGUGGGAAACAUAGCAUGAGGACGCGGCGCAGUCGUGGCUCGAUGUCUACAUUGCGCAGUGGUCGAAAGAAGCAGCCAGCCAGCCCUGAUGGUCGUACCUCGCCCAUCAAUGAAGACAUCCGCUCUAGUGGCCGGAACUCGCCCAGUGCUGCCAGCACCUCCAGCAAUGACAGUAAAGCAGAGACAGUGAAGAAGUCAGCCAAGAAGGUGAAGGAGGAAGCCUCAUCCCCCCUUAAGAGCACCAAACGCCAACGGGAGAAGGUGGCCUCUGAUACAGAGGAGGCUGACAGGACCAGCUCCAAGAAGACAAAAACCCAGGAGAUCAGCCGGCCCAACUCCCCAUCGGAAGGCGAGGGAGAGAGUUCGGACAGCCGCAGUGUCAACGAUGAGGGCAGCAGCGACCCCAAAGACAUUGACCAGGACAAUCGCAGCACAUCCCCAAGCAUCCCCAGCCCCCAGGACAACGAGAGUGACUCGGACUCUUCGGCCCAGCAGCAGAUGCUGCAGGCUCAGCCCCCAGCCUUGCAGGCUUCCAGUGCGGUCCCUCCGGCUCCCUCCACCGCCCCACCAGGAACCUCUCAGCUCCCCACGCCAGGGCCCACACCCUCUGCCACUGCAGGCCCCCCACAGGGCUCCCCCUCAGCCUCCCAGCCCCCAAGCCAGCCACAGGCUCCAGCGGCUCCUGCUCCCCACGCCCAUAUCCAGCAGGCACCCACCCUGCACCCCCAGAGGCUGCCCUCACCACAUCCCCCACUCCAACCUCUGACCGUGCCAGCUGGACAGACCUCCGGCCCACCUCACAGCCAGCCCCCGCUGCAUAGCCAGGGCCCAAGUGGCCCUCAUAGCCUCCAGGCUGGGCCCCUGCUACAGCACCCAGGCCCCCCUCAGCCCUUUGGCCUCCCUCCCCAGGCCUCUCAGGCAUCAGCUCUCCCUCAUGCCUCCCUGCAGCCCACAGCCUCACAGUCAGCACUGCAGCCCCAGCAGCCCCCAAGGGAGCAGCCGCUGCCACCAGCCCCCUUGGCCAUGCCUCACAUCAAGCCCCCACCCACCACGCCCAUCCCCCAGCUGCCGGCCCCGCAAGCCCACAAGCACCCACCUCAUCUCUCAGGGCCCUCGCCCUUCUCCAUGAACGCCAACCUCCCACCCCCUCCAGCACUGAAACCCCUGAGCUCCCUGUCCACACACCAUCCCCCUUCUGCCCAUCCCCCUCCCCUACAGCUCAUGCCUCAGAGCCAGCCCCUGCCCUCCUCCCCUGCACAGCCCCCAGUGCUGACCCAGAGCCAGAGCCUGCCGCCUGCUGCUGCUGCUCACCCCCCAGCAGGCCUCCACCAAGUGCCCCCCCAGCCCUCAUUUGCUCAGCACCCCUUUGUCCCUGGGGGGACACCCAUCACCCCUCCAACCUGCUCUUCCACCUCCACGCCACCUGCGGGACCCGGCCCCUCAGCCCAGCCUCCGUGCUCUGCUGCUGUUUCUUCGGGAGGCAGCAUACCCGGGGGGACAGCCUGCCCGCUCCCCACUGUCCAGAUCAAGGAAGAGGCUCUGGAUGAUGCAGAGGAGCCCGAGAGCCCACCUCCACCACCUAGGAGCCCGUCCCCCGAGCCUACCGUGGUGGAUACCCCCAGCCAUGCCAGCCAGUCAGCCAGGUUCUACAAACACCUGGACCGUGGUUACAACUCAUGUGCGCGGACGGACCUGUAUUUCAUGCCUCUGGCGGGAUCCAAACUGGCCAAGAAGAGGGAGGAGGCCAUCGAAAAGGCCAAACGGGAGGCUGAGCAGAAAGCACGAGAGGAACGGGAACGUGAGAAGGAGAAGGAGAAAGAGCGCGAGCGGGAACGAGAGCGGGAGCGGGAGGCAGAGAGAGCAGCUCAGAAGGCGUCCAGCUCAACCCAUGAGGGCCGCCUCAGCGACCCCCAGCUCAGUGGUCCUGGGCACAUGCGGCCAUCCUUCGAGCCGCCACCAACCACCAUUGCUGCGGUGCCUCCAUACAUCGGGCCCGACACACCUGCCCUUCGGACUCUGAGCGAGUACGCUCGGCCCCACGUCAUGUCACCCACUAACCGCAACCACCCCUUCUACAUGCCCCUCAACCCCACUGAUCCCCUGCUGGCCUACCACAUGCCUGGCCUCUACAACGUGGACCCCACCAUCCGUGAGCGGGAGCUCCGGGAGCGGGAGAUCCGGGAGCGGGAGAUCCGGGAGCGGGAGCUACGGGAGAGGAUGAAGCCAGGCUUCGAGGUGAAGCCCCCAGAGCUGGACCCUCUGCACCCAGCCACCAACCCCAUGGAGCACUUCGCCCGGCACAGCGCCCUCACCAUUCCCCCCACUGCGGGCCCCCACCCUUUUGCUUCUUUCCACCCGGGCCUGAACCCCCUGGAGAGGGAGAGACUGGCCUUGGCGGGCCCCCAGCUGCGGCCUGAGAUGAGCUACCCUGAUAGACUGGCGGCCGAGCGGAUCCACGCUGAGCGCAUGGCAUCGCUGACCAGCGACCCUCUGGCCCGCCUGCAGAUGUUCAACGUGACUCCGCACCAUCACCAGCACUCACACAUCCACUCGCACCUCCACCUCCACCAGCAGGACCCCCUCCACCAAGGUUCAGCAGGCCCAGUGCACCCGCUGGUCGACCCUCUGACCGCCGGCCCUCACCUGGCUCGCUUUCCCUAUCCCCCUGGCACCCUCCCCAACCCUCUGCUUGGACAGCCCCCCCAUGAGCACGAGAUGCUUCGUCAUCCAGUUUUUGGUACUCCCUACCCCCGAGACCUGCCCGGGGCCAUCCCACCCCCCAUGUCUGCAGCCCACCAGCUGCAGGCCAUGCAUGCCCAGUCGGCAGAGCUGCAGAGACUGGCCAUGGAACAGCAAUGGCUGCAUGGACACCCCCACAUGCAUGGUGGCCACCUACCAAGUCAGGAAGAUUAUUACAGUCGACUGAAGAAAGAAGGUGACAAGCAGUUAUAAGUUAUUUAUUUGUUAGUGCUGGCUGUGGAAACCCCAGUUCUUGGGGGGAGAAACAGGACUUUUUACAUACGAUAUGAGCUACAAAAGAAAGAGAAUAUCUUCUAAAGAUUUCUUUAUAUAUUUAAAAACCCCUCAACUAAAAAUGUUAUCAGCAUAAUAGUGUUUGUUUGUAGAGAGGAUUCCUUGAGACUGGUUUGGGUCUCCCUGCAUGACAGUCCCCCAGAAACUUAGUCCUGGACUGGACUGAACAUUCAGAAAACUUUCCCUGCAAUCUUGGGGUUUGGCUUUAGUUUUCUUUUCCUUCCUUGAUUUCUUGGUAGGUGCUAGAAUCCAGUUCACACCCUUCACUGUGCGUGCAGACACACUCAGUUAUGUGUGUUCCAGAACCCACGAGGUUUGCAGAUAGGUGGCAUAUGAGUUUGGAAUCCAAGAGCUAUAAUUUUUAAAAAAAAAAAAAAACUUUUAUUUUAAUACAUUGUAGGAGAUCUUCAUAAUUUGAGAAAGUUCUGCAGCAUGGCUUUUUACGUCUGUAAAUAAAUAAUUUUAGAAUGGCAUUUUUUUUCUUCCACAAACUAUUCUGAUCUAUUUUUUCCAGCCAUGUCACUAAUUGUGAAUUCCUACCAGCUAUUGACAGAAUACAGAGUUGAUUUUUUAAUAAAAAGUUAUAUAUAAUUAUCCCUUUAAUUAAAGGGAACAGAUGGGCGUUACUAAUUGCAAACGGGCAGAGGCUUGGGACACGGUGUGGUCGCAGCAGUGAGCAUCCAGGGGUCUGCAGGGACAAUGUUACAGACCAUUUCUUUGAUUUGCUGCCUUGAUUUUCACUUCUGUCUCUUCCUAGCUUGUGCUUUGCCAGAGGUCCAGAUAUCUGUUACAUGAGACCUUUUUUAUUUUGUACCAGGAGUGCAAGAGUUAAAUGUCCACCUUGUUCUGUUUCUGCAGGAUAGAAAGCACAUGUUUCUGUGUGUCUGAUUGUAGAUUUCCUUACAGAUUUCUAUGCACACACAUUUGGUUGUUCUGGAUGAACUGCCUUUUUAAGUACUCUUAUGAUUUCAUAAACAUUCUAGAAAAUUCAAGAAAACAUGAUUCCCUACAAAAAAAUUCACAGCACACACACUUGCGAAAGGAAUCUGUUUAAAAAAAAAAAAAACAAAAACAAAAAAACCUGCCCUUUUGUGUGUGUUAUCGUCGGGAUCUUCCUGUGGGGAGGCCAGGCCAUCCUGGCCACAUAGCUGGAAGCCACUUUCGAGCGAGGGAGGCCCAGGAGUUGGCAUGGUUGUGGGUGGUGGCCUGUGCAUCUCCCCCAGGAACAGGUCCGUGCAUGGUGACCCACAUCAGACAGGGAUGCCAUUUAAGUCCCCACUGUUCCUUCUGGGUGUAGGAAUGAGAGUUGCAGCUGCCGACGUGGGAUGAGAAGGCAAGCUUCCUUCCACCUGGGAGCUGCCACUCUAGGGCUCUGGCCAUUCUGCAGAAGACCCACCUCUCCUUUCUAAGCCACGGGCAUGGUGUGCUUUCUCCAGGGUGGAGGGAUAGGGGGGACCUGGGGAUGUGUGCACCUGGAGAUCAGUCCUCCUGUCAGGAUGUGAUCUUUCCUGCUCCUCCCCCGUCAGACUCUUGAGGGCCACCCCUGCUGUUGUAAGUCCCAUCUGAGAGCUGCUACAACAUGAGGCAGAACGCCCGAGGGUCAGUGGGUGCGGCAGUGCGGCCAGGACCAGAGGCCGGCACAUUGAGCCAGAAGCCAGCAGGCAUUAGCUCAGAUUCAGGUUCUGGACUCACACCUGCAUCAGGGGUAUUUCCAUUUCUAUUAAAACUAUGUUUGUUUUCAGUUGGGACAGACAGGAUUGUUUUGUCUGCUGGGAAUCCUCUGGAUAUGUUUGUCGUUUUUCUCUUUAAUUUUCUCCCGUUCCAUUUCUGCCUUAACUCUAGCUCCUUAGAGGAAGGCAAACUCAAAGGAGCUGUGUGUCCAGACUCGGGCCAGGCCUCAAGGGCAGGAGGCACUUGCCUCCCCUGGAGGCAGGCGGCCCUCCUACCCGAGGCCCCCUCCUCUGCAUCUUUGUUUUCCUUUGGGUGGAACACAGUGUCUGCCAUUCAGUUAGACCUUCUUGAUCGCUUCUCUCUGUAUCCAUUUUUCCAAAGAAGAGACAUAGUGAAGUACUUGGAAGUCUCUACUUGAAGACUGUCUGAAGGUGUUUGCUCGUUAACGUUUUGGUUUUCCCCCAUAUCCCAAGGUGAAGCACUGAGAUUCUUCCAUUUAAGAACCUAAGACCUGAAACCCUCACUGGUCAGCUACGGUGUGUUUAGGAGGCCCCAGACCUUCACAGUGUCUUUGAAGCCCGACCCCUUGGUUUCCUUUUGGAUUUUCCUUCCUUUUGUUUGAAGUUUGGUUUUGCUUUUCUGUGUUUUGUACGUAUCUUGUUGAAUGUUGUCAAGAUUGAGCUUCACAUUUCACUGCAGCAGCAGAGCAGAGUGUACAUUCUGAUUUGCUACGUUUAUAUAUAUCUUGAAGCUAAAUGUAUAUAUGAGUAGUUUGCCAUGAGAUAACACAGUGUAAACAGAGUAGACACCCAGAAAUCGUGACUUCUGUGUUCUCUCCAUUUGAGUAUUUUGUAAUUUUUUUGAAAUAUUUGUGGACAUAAAUAAAACCAAGCUACACUACA